AUGGAGCUAAAAGAAAUAGAGGAGCAUUUGAUCGGUGCAUCACAUGCAAGUGAUCAACACUUGAGGCUCCCCCGCGAUAUUUUCCCUAACAAGUUUCAAUAUGAAAUAAUUCGGCACAGGGCUGUCCUUCUGUUGCUUAGCUCGGAGUUGGUACUUUGUUCCUUUUGUUUUAUAUGGGAUUGCAAGCUAAUGAGGGAGCCAAACUUGUUAUUUCAGUAUUUGUUGUCUUCGGUGGAUCAGUUGCUACCUUCAUUACAUGUACGAUGACAUAUUAUGCCGCGCUCGACCGGCCGAAGACCGCAGCGAACAGACUGGCGCUUGUGAAAUUUAUAGCGGACUUGAAACCAGGAAUUGACAUGAGAGAGUGGGAUGUUAUUGCUGCUCGAAUGAACUUAUCUAUGCAUCGCAGCAGCUCAUUGGUUUCACCUUAUUUCUUUUACGAUGGUGAGUCGUGCUAUUCCUACUUUAGGAGCUGUUGCCUAGUGCCUUUCUUGGCAUUCAAAAGCGCAAACGAUGCAAAGGAAAAUAAGGUACCUUUAAGUGAAUAUCAGCGCAUGCUUGACCAUGCUAUAAGAAUAUACGAAGAAAGGGCGAACGAGGACUGGCAACAAGUAGUAAAUGGAAAUUCGUCGCUGGAAACUUAG